AUGUGGUUCAGAGGUGAUCUGGUCCACUGUCCAAACCUCGGAGAGCUCAAUGUCCUCUAUGACUAUAUCCUAGGCGUCGACCAAUCAGGCUACAUAGCCUAUGUUGCACCCGCGACUACCGCAGAAUCAUUGGCGAUUAUUCACGCCUCCAAAGAACCCAUUAUCCUCGUCCCCCGAGGCUCGUUUCUUCUGCCAACCUUCUGUGACUUGCACCUGCACGCGCCUCAAUUUCUGUAUCAGGGCACUGGCCUGCAUCUGCCGUUGAUGGAGUGGCUCAACGAAUAUGCUUUCAGGGCUGAGGAAAGUCUCGAUGCGAACCCCAUACUUGCUGAGAAGGUAUAUCGGCGGCUGGCGACCAGGCUCAUCGAGAAUGGCACCGGUGCUGUGCUGCUUUUCGGAACAAUCAAGACGGAGACAAACAUAAUCCUUGCACGUGUCAUGCAAGAGGCUGGGCUAAGAGCCUUUGUCGGAAAGCUCUCCAUGGACAUCUCGUCACGCGCGACAUACGUCGAGCAGUCUGCUGAAAGCUCGCUCCACUCUGCCCGUUCCUUUGUAGACCAAUGUCACAACCUAUGCGCACACAUGCCUGCCCAUGAGCGGCUCGUUGAGCCGGUCAUAACACCCAGGUUCGUCCCCACUUGUUCGGACGGACUUCUCGAAGGCCUGGGGAAACUUGCCGCAGAGAAAACCCUGCGAGUACAGAGCCACAUGGCUGAAGCGCAUGACCAGAUGGACUGGGUCCGGCGCGAACGCGGCGCCGACGACGUAGAUAUCUUCGCGCGUCACGGUCUCCUGACGCCCCGCACCGUGCAGGCGCACUGCACCUUCCUCGGCGCGCCUGCACUGAGCGACAUCGCUCGCCGCGGGACUGCGGUCGCACAUUGCCCGCUCUCGAACGCGUACUUCUCCGCGCAGCCGUUCCGCUUGCGCGAGGCGCUCCAGCGCGGCGUGCGCGUCGGCCUCGGCACGGACAUCGCAGGCGGGUACGACGUGGACAUCAUGGGCUCCAUGCGGCAGGCCGUCGCGGUCUCCCGGAUGCGCGAAGGCGCUCGAAUUAUGGCAGAUACCAACGAAGACGGCCAGGUUGCAGAGGGAGCCAGGCAAGUGAACUUGGCGGUGGACUGGAAAGAGGCCCUGUAUCUCGCGACGCGCGGUGGUGCACUUGCGCUAGGGCUGCCGGCUGGUUGUGGCACCUUCACGGUGGGCGCCCCAUUUGACGCGCAAUUCAUCCGUGUCUUCAGCGAGACAACAGGAGAAGGGAUUGGGUCGCUGGAUUUCUUUGAUACAGAUAAGAAUGCAGCGAAACGGAAGACACUGGCCGUUGACAUGAUCGAGAAGUGGUGGUGUCUUGGUGACCACAGGAACCGCGAGGGCAUGUGGGUGCAAGGGAGAAAGGUCAGUGCACCCUGA